CAGGCUGGAAUGAGUGGGUGCAAUCCCUGCUAUGUUCCAAUGGAAAACAAGUUAAAGCUGAGCAAGGUAGAUAAGUCUUCUCUGGUUGAUGCAACAAAGUACAGGAGUGUGAUUGGGAGUUUGAGAUACUUGGUGAACACAAGACCAGAUCUUGCAUAUUCUGUGGGGAUAGUGAGCAGGUACAUGGAGAAGCCAAGGGCGAGUCAUUGGGCGGCAGUCAAACAGAUACUUCGGUACAUAGCUGGAACUCUGAAUUUUGGGUGCAGAUACACCAGAUCAGGCUUGUCUGAACCAAAGUUACUAGGUUUCAGUGAUAGCGAUCUGGCUGGUGACAUUGACGACAGGAAGAGUACCAGUGGCUCAGUGUUCUUUGUGGGAAUGAAUCUGGUAACUUGGGUGUCUCAGAAGCAAAGAGUAGUCGCCCUAUCUUCUUGUGAGGCUGAGUACAUAGCUAGUGCAAAUGCUGCAUGCCAAGGCAUUUGGCUCAGUCGUCUAUUGGGUGAACUGCUGGGAAUUCAAGCUCCGAAAGUAAAACUCCUUGUUGAUAACAAAUCUGCCAUAGCCCUGAGUAAGAAUCCAGUUCAUCAUGAACGGAGCAAGCACAUAGACACAAAAUAUCAUUUUGUGAGAGAAUGUGUUGACAGUGGAAGCAUUGACAUUGAUCAUGUGAGUACACAGAACCAGUUAGCAGAUAUACUCACGAAGGCACUGGGCAAAGUCAGGUUCAUCGAGCUGAGACAGCAGCUAGGCGUGAGUGAGGUGCAGCGAGAUUAGGGGGGUGAAAUGUUGACAUAAUCUCAUGCAUACUUAACAUCAUUCUGUAACUAGGCAGUUGCAUUUUAGUUGCACGUUUACAUUCCUGAAAGUUAGCUAGCUGCAUGUGAGAUGAGCGGUGGAGAGGGCCAGAACCAUGCUGCGUUCAUGGUGCGGCUAUGAGUACUCACCGCCAUGCGUGUAUGAAACGUUCCCACGCACGAGGUGGGCACGACGCAGCGUGAGGCGCGCAUGGCGGGGGAGAUCGUGGGUCACAGACCAUGUAAGCACCGCAAAUAAGUAACAAGAAAGACCAGAAAAAGCUGCGACGGUUUUGGCAGCGCCACA